UGUUACAUUCUGAUCCUUCUACACGUCCUUGAGCUUAUACAAGCUUUUUGAAUCAUGGUUCUAUUUGUUGUGAGCUAGCGAUUCCGGCAAUACCCCAGCAUUCCCCCACUGAAUUGCCGUACGCCAUCGGCACGCCUGCAUCUGCAUCCUGUUUCCAUUGCGCUGAUCCUGGCCCUCUUCCUCCGCCAUGUGGGCGCGCAAUCUUUUUUCUCGCACCCUCACACGACACAAGAUAUCCCUUUGCGCCUAUCCUCUAUACGUCCCUCCCGCCAGCGCUGCCUCCCACGCGGCCAGGAUGGCAUCCACGUUACCCCGCCUACCCAUCUUCGAAGCGAUUAAGAAGCAUGAUGCGCAUAGUACGGCUGUCGUGCACUCGCUCUCGGGCCGGACCUUCACUUAUGGGGAGCUGGUGAACGAUGUCGCGGCUGCGAAGGACAAGUUGCAGCGGAAUACGAACGGACAGAGCGCAGAAGGACAGAGAAUAUCUUUCUUGGUGGAAAAUGGCUACGACUAUGUAGUGACACUGCUCUCGAUUCUCGCUGCGCAUGCCAUCGCGGUACCGCUAUCGCCGACAUUCCCUGCCCACGAGCUGAGAUAUAUCAUCGACCAGAGCGAGUCGUUGAUGCUGCUGUCGUCUGAGAAGUUCCAGAGUCAAGCAGAUGACGUGUUGAAAGAGGGCAUGGAGACUAAGCCGAUCAACUACAAGCAGGAGAAGAUCAUGAUGGGCAAGAAGGACGACUACGUGACAUUAGAAGAGCCUACGAGUGACAAAGGCGGUAUGAUGCUAUACACAUCGGGGACUACAAACCGGCCCAAGGGCGUUCUGCUGCCACAAGACGUGCUAACGGCACAGUCGCGAUCGCUUUUGGAGGCUUGGAACUACAGCAGCCAGGAUGUACUGCUGCACGUACUACCGCUCCACCACAUCCAUGGAACCGUAAACGCGCUUCUGACGCCUCUAUUUGUCGGCAGCACAAUCGAGUUUCAGUUCCCAUUCAACGCAACAGCACUCUGGGAGCGCUUAGCUGCUCCUUUCUUGCCGAAUCCUGACCCGACCAAGAAACCAAUCACCUUCCUCACUGUUGUCCCAACAAUAUACACGCGCCUACUAUCUGCCCAUCCUAGCCUAUCACCUGAGCUUCAAGCCGCGACGAAGACUGCCCUCCACCCUCAGAAUAUGCGUCUGAACAUCUCCGGUUCUGCCGCCCUCCCCACACCCGUUAAGUCGGCGUGGACAGAACUCAGUGCUGGCAACGUCUUGCUUGAGCGAUACGGCAUGACUGAGGUUGGUAUGGCUUUGUCUUGUGGCUUAAACUUCUCCGAUCGCGUGGAUGGCUCGGUGGGCUGGCCGCUGCCUUCUGUUCAAGCGCGCCUCGUAGAUUUAGACACGGGCGAGAUCAUCGAGGUGGGACAUGAAAUCGAUUCUGCAACAGGCCGCGAACGCCAGGGCGAGAUCCAACUCCGUGGACCGACUAUCUUCCGAGAAUACUGGAAGAACCCUGAGGCUACUGCGAAAGAGUUUGUAGAAGACGCGGAUGGACAAGGCAAAUGGUUCAAGACUGGCGACGUAGCUGUGCGAAGAAACUUUGAAGGCGCCGGCAAGAGCGAUCAGGAAUGGGCCAAAGGACCACUCUACUUCAUCCACGGCCGUAAAUCCGCAGACAUCAUCAAAACCGGCGGCGAGAAGGUUUCUGCCCUCGAAAUCGAGCGCGAAAUGCUAUCCCUCCCCCAAGUGUCCGAGGUAGCUGUCGUUGGGCUACCUUCUGAAGCCUGGGGCCAAAAAGUCGCUGCCGUCGUUGUGCUUUCGGAUCUGGGAAAGUCGGCUGGAAGGGGAGGGAAGGCGUGGAGCGCGCUCGAUAUGAGGAGGGCGUUGAAGGAGAUUCUUGCCAACUACAAGAUCCCUCAGGAGAUGAAGGUUGUGGAGACGAUACCGAGGAAUGCCAUGGGAAAGAUUAACAAGAAGCAGUUGGUCAAGCAGAUCUGGGGGGAAUUGCUCGAAGGGUCGAAAGAAAAUGGCGCCAUUCAGGUGCCGGAUGGAAGUGUAUAAAUAUUAUUGAGGAGAUAUGGUAGAUGGGAUGUAGAAGACUUCA